AUGUCGCGAAUGUUAGCUGCAAAAGCAUCAUUAUCAGCGCGUCUUGACGCUCUUGGUGAAGAGGGUGUUGACACAGAAAUGGGGAUACGAGCAAGAGCAUACUUGGAAAAGAGACUUCGACAGUUGGAAGCUGGAACUUUUAACCCGAGAUUAUCGGCGAUUAAGCGGGGAUUAAAGUCAGAGGACGGUCAACCGAAAUCGAAGAAGAUGAAGGUGGAUGAGUGA